AUGCCCGGCGAAGUAUUCCCCAUCGAAGGCGAAAGCAAAAAGCGAGUUUGCUACUUCUUCGAUUCGGACGUGGGAGGGUUUCAUUAUGGUCCGGGGCACCCGAUGAAACCGACCCGGAUUCGGAUGUGCCACUCAUUGGUGAUGAAUUACGGGCUAUACAAAAGGAUGGAGAUCUUCCGAGCGAAACCGGCCACCAAGCGCGAGAUGACACAAUUCCACUCAGAUGAAUAUGUCGACUUUCUGAGUAAGAUCACGCCGAGCAACAUGAACGCAUUUGUCAAGGAACAGCACAAAUGUAACGUUGGAGACGACUGUCCCGUAUUUGACGGCUUGUUCGAUUACUGUUCAAUAUCUGCUGGUGGAUCCAUGGAGGGCGCUGCACGACUAAGUCGGGACAAGUGCGACAUUGCAGUCAACUGGGCGGGAGGCCUGCACCACGCAAAGAAGAGCGAAGCUAGCGGCUUCUGUUAUGUGAACGAUAUCGUGUUGGGUAUCCUCGAGUUAUUACGGUAUCAUCCUCGGGUACUCUAUAUCGACAUCGACGUUCAUCAUGGGGAUGGCGUCGAGGAGGCCUUCUAUACCACUGAUCGAGUCAUGACUGCCAGCUUCCACAAGUACGGAGAGUACUUCCCCGGGACGGGUGAGUUGCGCGAUGUCGGGAUAGGGAAGGGUAAAUAUUACGCGUUGAAUUUUCCGCUCAGAGACGGAAUCAACGACGCGAAUUACAAGAGCGUUUUCGAGCCUGUAAUACAAGAAGUCAUGCAGUCGUACCAGCCGUCAGCCAUCGUACUUCAAUGCGGUACCGAUUCGUUAGCUGGUGAUAAACUCGGUUGCCUGAACCUGUCAAUGCGAGGGCAUGCAAACUGCGUCAAAUUCGUCAAGUCCUUCAACAAGCCACUGCUUUUGCUCGGAGGAGGAGGAUAUACCAUGCGGAAUGUCAGUCGUGCAUGGGCAUACGAGACCGGCCUGGCGACGGGCGUGGAGCUUGGUCCCACCAUCCCCACCAACGAGUAUUAUGAGUAUUUCGGGCCGGAUCACCAGCUCGAUGUCAAGGCGUCCAACACGGAGGAUAUGAACUCCCCGGCGUAUCUCGAGCGUGUGAGAAAUAUUGUCAUGGAGCACUUGCGAUGUCUCGGUGGUCCUCCCAGCGUUCAGAUGACUGAUGUACCACAACACCCAAUUGACGCCGAAAUGGACGACCCAAAUCAAGACGAGGACAUGAUUGACCCUGAUGACCGAAGACCGCCCAGCAUGCUCGAUCGACGCGUCCAAGCGUCCGGAGAGCUGUCCGACUCUGACGAUGAAGGUGAAGGUGGUCGACGAAACCAUGUCUCACACCGAGAAAGGUCCAUGAGCAGCAACGGCAGUCGCACCGGAAGGAAGUUUGGCAUGGGAGUGGGUAUCAUGACUGCUCCCGGAGCAGCAUCGACUCAUGGAGCAGGACCCAGUGGGCACACAACCAUGCCGCCUCCUGGCCUUGGACCUAUGGACCAGGAUGUCGAACAGGGUUCCGGGAAUGCCGGCUCCGAGUCGCGUGCAGGAUCCCCGGUGGUUCAGGAUAGUGUUCAGCCUGGGUUGGACGAUGAAUUGCCGAUUUCGGAGCAGCGGGAUGUCGUUGUUGAGCGAAAUGGGAACGGGCGGUGAUGCUGUGCUGGAACUCUGAUUUACAGUGUUUGGUGUAGGCUUCUUUCUUUCAGCUAUGUGAAUGCUUUGCGCUGUGUUUUGCUUU